GGUCACUGUUCUGUUCCUGAAGUUACUGCUGCCUUAUGCUAAAUGAAGCAGGACAUCGGUUAUACACGGACAUUCACCAGUCAACUAUUAUGAGCUUUUCCUCCCACCCCAAGCUAAAUUAUUCCAUAUUAUCUACACAAUUUUAUCCUCCCUUCCGCCAACUGUAAACCAUCUUGUGAGGUAAUAAUUAAUUGAAGAUGACGGACCCUUGGAUAAUAGGUUGCAACAAAAAUAACAUGCCCAAGACUGAACUGGCCUUGGUGACAGAGAACAAAAAAGAAAAAAUGCAGAUGAAACAAGAAAUCUCUUUGCUCAAUGGCAUUUCUUUAAUAGUUGGGAACAUGAUUGGUUCUGGAAUAUUUGUGUCCCCCAAGGGAGUUCUGAUGUACAGCGCUUCUUAUGGACUUGCACUCCUCCUCUGGGCUCUUGGAGGGAUCUUUUCAUUGUUUGGAGCACUGUGUUACGCUGAACUGGGAACAUCCAUUGUUAAAUCUGGAGCAAGUUAUGCCUACAUUCUGGAAGCGUUUGGCGGCUUUAUAGCCUUUAUCAGACUAUGGUCUUCCUUGCUCAUUAUUGAGCCAACCACUCAGGCUGUUAUAGCCAUCACUUUUGCUAACUAUAUAGUUCAACCAAUAUUUCCAUUCUGUGAGCCACCCUAUGGAGCAGUUAGGUUGAUUGCAGCUGCUUGUAUCUGCUCCCUGACAUUUAUUAACUGUGUCAAUGUGAAGUGGGGAACCAGAGUACAAGAUCUUUUCACAUAUGCAAAAGUUAUGGCCCUUAUUAUGGUAAUAGCAGUGGGUCUUUAUAAAAUUAGUCAAGGAGAAACUGAUAACCUUAAGGAUCCAUUUGAAGGUUCAACAACAGAUACAGGAUUCAUUGCUCUUGCUCUUUAUUCAGCCCUCUUUUCCUACUCUGGAUGGGAUACACUGAAUUUUGUCACUGAAGAAAUGAAAAAUCCAGAAAGGAACCUGCCACUUUCCAUUGCAAUUUCAAUGCCUAUUGUGACAAUCAUUUACUUGUUGACAAAUGUAGCCUACUAUGUUGUGCUGGACAUGCCAGCUCUAUUAGCAAGUGAUGCAGUGGCUGUGACUUUUGGUAAUGAAGCUCUUAGCCAUGCUAAAUGGAUUAUCCCCAUUGCAGUGGCCAUGUCUUGUUACGGAGGAUUAAACUCAUCUAUUAUUGCAGCUUCCAGGCUCUUCUACGUUGGAGCCAGAGAAGGACACCUGCCUGACAGCCUGAGUUUGAUUCAUAUAAAACGUUUUACGCCUGUUCCUGCUCUUAUUUUUAAUGGGUUAAUGACUUUGAUAUAUCUCCUUGUGGAAGACGUUUUUCUCCUGAUUAACUACUACUGCUUCAGCUAUUGGUUUUUUGUUGGACUGUCAAUUGCAGGAUUAAUAUAUUUAAGAUAUACCCAGCCAGCCAGACGGCGGCCCAUUAAACUCAGCCUCUUCUUCCCUGUCGUGUAUUGCUUCUGCACCCUUUUCCUGGUCAUCGUCCCUCUGUACAGUGAUACAAUCAAUUCUCUUAUUGGAAUUGGUAUAGCAGUCUCUGGAAUCCCUGCAUAUUUUUUGGGCGUCUAUUUACCAGUUGAAAAAAGACCUCGGUACCUUCAGUGGCUUUUUGCUACCAUUACCAAGUAUAUUCAGAUGCUGUCCUGUUGUUGUCAAGAAGACCUUGAUCUUGAAACGGAGACAUCAGAAACCAAGGCUAAGUAAACAGAAGUUGGCUAGGCGGUUUCUGCACAUAAUGCAUCUGUGUAGCUGGAAAUUGUGACUUGUACCCAUGGGCCAGACACCGAAGUACACACAAUUGCACACUGUAUCAUUUGGAUGUUUCUUAAUAUGUGCUAUGAUAUUAGCCCUUUCUCUAAUUACCAGUUUCUGAAAACUUAUUUGUGCCUGUUCAAUAGCUGGUAAUUAUUUAAUGCAAAGGACAGGGUACAGAAAUAAGCACGUAAUAAGUGCUAGGUUGUAAAGUUCAUUGCCCCACAAAGGUGCCAGUGAAAGUCAAAAGGCUGGGAAGAAGAAAGGAAAAAGAAAAUGGUUCCAAGAAGAUAAACCAUAUAUGUCUAUGGAACUAACAGCAUCGGCUCUCGCAUCACAUUCAGGGCUGGUUCUCCAACCCACCCAAUCAACUGCUUGGAGCAGCACAAUGAACACAAUGCCAAUGCUCUGGCCCUUGAUGGUGCAUUGAUGGAACCAUGCCACUGCAGGCUGGAUCUGAAUGGGUGAAGAAGACCAUCAUGGCAAUGGAUUGUAGAACUGGUGCUACUGAAUUUAGACCCAACCUAAGAUUAUCUACAACUGGCACUAUUAUACCAGCAUGUUGCCUUACUUCCUUGCAAUGCUAUUACUAGCCUCUGCAGCAAGAGCUGUUGAAGUAGCACAAGGUUGCCACCACGGGUGCAAUUCUGUACUCCAGAUUUAUAAUACCUAAGGCAAGCAGUGAUGUUUUAAAUCACAAACGGGAUGUCUGCAUCUACAUGCUGAACUAUAUCUAUAGCAGCAGAUUUCUUUACCACUAUGGUAAAAGAUGCCAUACGGCUUUUCUUCCAAAUAAGCAACCAUCGGUAGUACACGUUAAAACCACAAGUGAAAUUUGCUGUAAAACAACUAUUUUUUCUUCCUCUCAAAGCAUUUUAUAUUACAAAAAAGGA